CGCGCUCUCUAUAAAUUGCAACGAGGGCGGCUAGAGAUUAACGUCAACGCGUUAAACGAAGAAGCGUCCAAAAGAUUCUGUCUUGAUUCUCUGAUUCCCUUUGCGUGUGGUUUCCAUCUCGCUUUCUCUUCUUUCUGCUAAGAUCUUCAAUUAUCUCUCAUUUAUCGAGGUGAGGUCAGAUCAGCCAAAAGGGGCACAACAAAUUUCAGGUUCUAGGGUUUUUUAUUAUCUUCUCGUUUAUUUGAUCUUUCUUUUCUCUCUCUCUCUGAUAAUUUCCGCUCCUCAAAAUCUAGGGUUUAAUCGUUCUGUUGUUCGUUUUUUAUUGAUUGUAUUUCUGAGCUUUGUCCGCAGAUCUUGGGUUUGUACUAUUUAGGGAACCUAGGGAAAAGGAAAAAGAAAGAAUAGUUACUGAAUUCUUUUGUUUUGUGCAUUUUGAUUGGCGAUUUUGUUGGAUCUCGUUUUUUGAGUUUUGAAAAUUUUGAUUGAGAAGAGUUUGGUUGUUUGAUUGGUAUGGCGGCAGGGCGAGUUGAUUUUCCGAGGAGAAGUGGUGUUGGGAAGUUGAAUCGGGGUCUUGCUCAUGCUGCUCCCGAUAAGAGUGGAUAUAAUUACCCAUCUAAUGGGAAGAAUUUGGUUGCCCAGAAUAAGAAUGGGUACAACUUGGGUCCUAGGCGAUGUGGGUUAGAGGAGGUUGUGAGAGUUAAGAAUGGUGGAACACGGUUUGUGGAUGAUGGGGUUCGGCAGCCCCCACAGAAAAAGAGGAAGUUUUCCCUUAUUGUAUGGGACAUAGAAGAAAAGGAAGUAAGAAUUUCGUCUAGGAACAGAGUUGUAUCCACAGCUACAACUCUGUCAUCUCCUCCUUCACCUUGCACGUCAAGUAUAGUUUCUGAUGAGGGUGUUACAGAGCAUUCAGUCUCUGCAAAUCUUAUUGAGGAAGUGCAGCAUUUGCCACCUAAGUCUUCUGUUUUUGGUUUUGCUGCUGUUUCUGGCCAGCAAUGUCCGGAUGAUGAACCAGAACAAGGUCUGGUGCGGAAAGAAAUUGUUCAAGCACCUAACAUAUUCACAUCACGUUGGUCAUCUGAUAGCGAUGAUGAAGAUGUGUCUAGGAGUGAGGAAAAGAGUAGGAGUUCCAGUCUUGAAAGUGGAGAGUGUGAAAGAGAUGAUUUGGAAGGAGACCUGAUUGUCUUAAAUCAAUCUAAUGAAAGAAGCAGUUGCGUAUUGUCUGCUUGUGAGGAUGGAGAUAUGGAAUGCCAAUCGGUCUCUUAUGGUGUGCUGGACAUUGAUGACAAGCGUGAGGAAGAUGUUGCUGUUGACCAGCCAGAGUUAGAUGUUGAAGAGCCAACUGGCAGAGGUGUGAACAUGCUUCUGGGUUGCAGAAGUGUUUUUGAAUAUGCAAAAUUGAACAAAAUAAGUGAAGGUACUUAUGGUAUUGUUUAUAGAGCUAGGGAUAAGAAGACAGGAGAAAUUGUGGCCCUGAAGAAGGUAAAGAUUCUUGACCGAAGAGAUUUUGAAGAAUAUGGUUUCCCUUUGACAUCACUGCGUGAAAUUAACAUACUUGCAUCUUUUGAUCAUCCUUCAAUUGUUAAAGUUAAAGAAGUUGUAGUAGAUGACCAUGAAAAUGUGUACAUGGUUAUGGAGUACAUGCAACAUGACUUCAAGGGGCUAAUGGAAUCCAUGAAACAUCCAUUUAGCACAAGCGAUGUUAAAUGCUUGAUGCUACAGCUAUUGGAGGGUGUCAAAUAUCUUCAUGAUAAUUGGGUGCUCCACAGGGAUAUGAAAACAUCCAACCUUCUCUUGAACAACCAAGGUGAACUGAAAAUAUGUGACUUUGGUAUGGCGCGCCAGUAUGGAAGCCCUCUAAAGCCAUAUACAACUAAGGUGGUCACGCAGUGGUAUAGAGCACCUGAACUUUUACUUGGAGCAAAGAAGUAUUCAACAGCAGUUGACAUGUGGUCUGUGGGCUGUAUAAUGGCUGAGUUGUUAGCUAAGGAACCCUUGUUUAAAGGAACAAGUGAAAUUGAUCAGCUUCGCAAGAUCUUUGAUACUCUUGGUACUCCAAGCGAGAAGAUUUGGGCUGGGUUUUCUCAAUUGCCAGGGGCAAAGGCAAAUUAUUCUAAGCAACUGUAUAAUUUGUUGCGUAGAAAGUUUCCUGCAGCAUCUUUCACAGGAUCUCCAGUUCUAUCUGAUGCUGGAUUCGACCUGUUAAAUAGGCUUCUUACAUAUGAUCCUGAGAAGAGAAUAACAGCAGAUGAUGCUCUUAAUCAUGAUUGGUUCCAUGAGCUUCCUCUACCAAAAUCUAAAGAAUUCUUGCCUACUUUCCCGCCAAAAAUGUAAAUGCAACAGGUACCUGGCAUGACUAGUGAAAGCUUGGGCACCCGAAAAACACAUUUGGGCGACAUUGUUAGUUUGCAGUUGUAGCUGUUUCUUAUUUUUCUUCAAAUGACUCUUAGGCAUAUACAACGAACCGUGAAGGAUCCAAAUCUAAUACAGCAGUGGUAAAAAUUUUUUUUAUCUAUUGGUUGUGUUACGGGCAGGCAGAUUGUGCAUAAAUCCACUGUGUUAUUUAUCAUGCUAGUGUAUCAUAAGCACAUGAUUGGCAAGAGGUGAGGUGCAGCAGUUGAAUAUUUUGGUGGCAAAAUAUUGUGAGAAACUGAUAUUGUCCUUUGGCAGGCCAAUAGAUGACAUUCCUGUGGAGAUUAAUAUCUCGAGGAAGUUGAAUUACAGGAUCCAGUUCUUAGUUUGGAUGAUUUUGUGAUGAAUUGUAAUGGUCCUUAGCUGCGAUUGAAUAUGAAGGUGCAGCUUAUUGACCUUACGUUUCUUAGAUCUUUCUUGUUCCCACUUCCUUGAUAUUGUAACAGAUGCAAUUCUUGUGUAAAUAUUCUUGACUAUAUUUGAAUUUUCGUUUUUCUAUUUCUAAAACUACUGCUCACGUUGUUUCCUUCAAUUUUUUUCCCAUUGGUUGCAAGAGUCUACUGAUGUUUGGAAGGGAACAGCAUUGGUCUUUCCUGCUCAUGUGCAGUAAGUUUUGCACACUCAAGAAGGCGGAUGGUGCCAUUGAUGACACACAGAAGGUUGUGAAUAACAGGCAGACGUCAGUGCUGGAGAAAAGAUAACAGAAGGCUUGUUCUAUUUCUUUUCCUCUGCCUUUGUUUUUUUUAAUUUUGUUAAAUUAUCCUUGUCAUGAAUGGGUUCUUAACAAUUUUUACUUUCUUGAGUUUCUGCAAGAUACCAUAUAACUGAAAAAUUGUAGAGGACGUCAUCAUACCCAAACUUGGCUGUUGCUGAAGAUGGUUCAACAGUUGGGAGUCCAAAUUUCACAAACAGCAUAUAUUGUUGUCAAGCAUGGUUUAAAUAAACCAUCAUUGUCUUCCUUUGCUUUCUAGUUUUGGGCGUAGUAGUAGUUGUCAGGAAGAAAUCCGACAACUUUUGAAUCUAAUAAUAAAAUUAUCAGAGAGUCUUGU